AGCUUAUUCUUCGCUGUCGAACAAAAACGCGGAAACAAAAGAAGUAAUCAGUUUGUAAAAACAAACAGCAACGAGUCGGCAUAAAGUUAGGGUAGUUGUAGCUGACAGCGUUCAGAGUUAACACUGUAGCUUCCCAUAACCUUUUUAGAGGACUUGUCAUGGCUUUGAAGAGAAUACAGAAGGAGUUAAAUGACUUACAGAGGGACCCUCCAGCUUCAUGUUCAGCUGGACCUGUGGGGGAAGACAUGUUUCACUGGCAAGCUACCAUCACAGGACCGAAUGAUAGUCCUUAUCAUGGUGGAGUUUUCUUCCUUUCUGUCCAUUUCCCCACUGACUAUCCCUUUAAACCACCAAAGGUCGCCUUUACAACGAAAAUCUAUCACCCAAACAUAAACAGCAAUGGUAGUAUUUGCCUUGACAUCCUGAGGUCACAGUGGUCUCCUGCACUCACAAUAUCAAAAGUGUUACUAUCCAUAUGCUCCUUGCUCUGUGAUCCAAAUCCAGAUGAUCCCCUAGUUCCUGACAUCGCGCACAUCUACAAGUCAGACAGACAGAAGUACAACAAACUGGCCAGAGAAUGGACCCAGAGGUAUGCAAUGUGAUGGAGUGAUGUUUGAGAAACUGUGAUGCCUCCCAGAACACCUCAACAUAUGACAGUACUGUUCAACUGCUUUAUCCACACUGGCUGUAGCCGAGGUGUUCAAUAUGCUUAAAGCACUUUCUCUACUGAGAUUUUACUUGACUUAACUGUUUAUUUUAUUUUUACCAUUAUUUUGGCAUUAUUGUUGUUACUUUGGUUGGUAGAUGUGCCAAGAUAGAGUGCUUGUAUUUUUCUUUUAAUAUAUUUCUUUUGUAUAAGACUGAAUUGAAUUUAUUUUUCAUUAUUUUGAAUUAAAAACAUUCAGCAAAAAAAUUGUUCCAGGUUAUUUCUCUUCAGUGUCUUGAGUAAAUUUAAAAAAAUAAAUUAUCUUUGUUGUACAUAACUUGGUACAAUGAUGUUUUUCCCUUUAAGCCCAUGUUCCUGGUUUAUCAUUCACCAGGCCACUAGGUGGCAGCCUAUACUUCUUACUCGCCAGUAGAUACUUUUACAUUAGACAACUUUCUUUGUUAGAUUUAAUUCCGGUUCAUUUGCUAAAUGAUUGCCCUUGUGGAUUUUGGUAAUUGUAAAGUCUUUCUACAGUGAAAAACUGAAAAUGAGGAGGAAUGUUGUGUAAACUGGAAUUAGACCACUUAGCACCAUCACUGCUGGUUACUGAAGUUACUGAAGGCUCAGCAAAAGACCAGCUCCAGUUUCCUUUUGAAAUGGUAAUGACAUGUAAACAUGUCUUCUCCUGUAAUUUGGCUUUAAAAAUCUGACAACACUGGUAACUUGGAUUUAACAAGUUUCCUUAGGGCCACUGAAACACAGGUCUUCUUUCCUGCCAACAACCAUCAAUCUCCAGAACUUGCUUACUCUAAAAAAAAAAUAAAUAAAAUAAUAAUAAUAAAGCUGACAAUGAUCUCUAAUUUACUAAAA